ACUUCUCUUCCGGAAGCUGUGUCACCGUUUCAGCAGUAAACAGCACAGAGCAGGAAACAACCGGACGGCGUGCUUGUGUAUGUGUGAUUAAGUAGCGCGCGUGCGCGUGUGUGUAUGUGUGUGUGUUAAUCCAGCUUCUGAGCUCUUUCUCCAGGGUCUCAGCACCAUGUUGGCCCUCAUCAACCGGCUCCUGGACUGGUUCCGCUCUCUCUUCUGGAAGGAGGAGAUGGAGCUCACCCUCGUCGGCUUGCAGUAUUCCGGAAAAACCACCUUCGUCAACGUGAUAGCGUCGGGGCAGUUCAGCGAGGACAUGAUCCCCACGGUGGGCUUUAACAUGAGGAAGGUCACCAAAGGCAACGUCACAAUAAAGAUUUGGGAUAUCGGAGGACAGCCUCGCUUCAGGAGCAUGUGGGAGCGGUACUGCAGAGGAGUCAACGCUAUAGUGUACAUGGUGGACGCUGCUGACCGGGACAAGAUCGAGCCGUCCAGAAACGAACUGCACAAUUUGUUAGAGAAACCUCAGCUUCAAGGCAUUCCUGUUCUCAUUCUGGGCAACAAGAGAGACCUCCCCGACGCGCUGGAUGAGAAGCAGCUCAUUGAGAAAAUGAACCUGGCAGCGAUACAGGACCGAGAAAUCUGCUGCUACUCCGUCUCAUGUAAAGAGAAGGACAAUAUAGACAUCACACUGCAGUGGCUUAUUCACCACUCGAAGUCCCGGAGGAGCUGAGAGGAGAAGCCGGCAUCCCGCGUCCCACCCUGCAGCCAAAGCCCCUCCUGCCACCCCCCACCCCCCCAGUGUCAAAACCUGGUCCGAACACAGCUCCAAACACAAAAUUUCUGCCCAGAAUCAGCCUCUCGCCCUGCUUUGAGCUAGUGUAAAAGCCAUUUUAAAUGUGUUGGGGUUGUUUUUAGGCUAAAAACAGUCCUGUGGUUCUUUUCUUGGACCCUAUUUCCUGGCUCAAAGCACAACACAAGCCGCUCAUGCCCUACUCUCUUUAUCUAUUGAUUGAUUGUCUCUCUCUCUCUCUCUCUCUCUCUCUCUCUCUCUCUCUCUCUCUCACACACUCUGUCUGUCUGUGUGUGACUCGGGGCCCUGUUCUCUCAUGUCAAAACGUGAAACACACACCUUACUGGUCAGCGUGCAGUCCUGUCAGAACCUUGGUUCAAUCGACACGUUAGCAGAUUGGCUUUUCCGCUUAGAUGAUUUUCUGUCUGAGGACCAUUUCUUUAAAAAAAACAAAAAAAAGAAAAGCUCUUGUAUAUCAAUCACUUAAAGUGACGGAGCGUUAGUGUGUAGGACGACGACGAUGUUUUAUCUGAUGAGCUUUACGGUGAUUGAAGAGCAGUCGAUCACACACGUAGCACUUAUUUAGAGCUAAAUAUAUGGGACACGGGGUAAGAUCAUCAUCAUGACAACGACUUGUGGACUACAAAUCGGCACGGAGCAACAGAUGAUGUGCUUCAGUCGGGUGUUUGGGUAUUUCGGUUUGCGUUUCGAGCGCGUCGCGUAUUCAGCAACGGCUCGUAUCGUCAUCACGCGUAUUGCUAGAGACGUUUUUGUGAUUUUGUCCGUGUUUCCCUUGCGAUCGCGGUUCACCUCACGAACAUCCCUUGACUUUUUUUUUUACGAAUUCACGCUUUAAAUUCGUACGGAACGAAUCGCCUGAACGCCGAUUUAGUUUUUUUUGUUUCGUUUGUUGUUUUGUUAAAAUCAAAUAGAACCUGAGCGUGGCUCAAUCACACUAACGACUGCAUGGCUAAAAAAAAUAAUAAAAAAAAGCAUUAAUACUAGUAAUCAUCUCUAAAUGUGCCUUGACAAUCCUUCUUCCACUACAGCACUGUUACGCAGAAAAACACGUCACGUCUUUUCACUGAUUUAAGCUUUAACGUGAAGGAUUCAGUCGUGUGGCUCAGUGCCUUAUUUAUGGAUCGUAUAUUAAUACGACCACGUUAUCAUCACAUAAGGAUAAUAAUGCAAAUUCUGUACGUAGCAACGUGCAAUUAAAGGUGCGGCUUGUGAUUUUAACAAGUGUUACCUAAACCUAUUUUAAUCAUAUCAUUUUGUUAAUAUUUGAAAAGGGGAAAAAACAAAACACUGACGAUAUCCUGAGAAUCCCGCGCCUGCUUCCCGCCCGUUUCAUCUUGUGAAGCUUUUCGUAUAGCGUUUUUUGGCUUAGACAUAAGAACAAGCCGACAAAAUGGAGCGUCUGAGCCACGUCCCUUCUCGUCAGGUGAUUCGUGAGGUAAAUGGAUGGAGGGAUGAAGUUAGUACACUGAAGUGUGCGAAAUGAUUAUAAAAAAGCACAGUGCUAUUCCAUGGGAGAACAGGACCCUCUGUCUUAUUGAAUCUUUUGUCACUGCGUGUGUUCUUUCUCUAUCUCUCACAUUUCUCCCACUUAUACGCAUCUUAAUCUCCAACGUGACGCCACAAGCCUUUGCCAAGUCUCACGCCGCUCUCUCCAGCGCACCGUCGUCUCCGCUCCUUCACCUUUCGGAAGCUUUUAAGUGGACGCUCGCUCCCAUCCCGAAACACUAACGCACCCGAGCUUCUCACCCCUGGACCGGUUCCGUCACCAAAACGUCCACCGUCCAAAAAGUGCUGUUACACGUACGAAAGAAAGCGAUUCAUCCGUGUCUGUCCUCGCCAUGCCUCCGUCUCUGUGACACCGUCACGUGUCUCUAUGUGCUCUGGACUCGAAUGUGAAAAGAAAAGGAAAAAAAAAAAAAAAAAAAACGCCUGCCGAAUUUGAUCCUGUUCUCAGCUUUUGUAGUGCAAUGAAAGCUUGAAUUGUGAUGCUAUUAAAGUGACCGUUUGGCAGGGCGAAAAAAAAUGGACACCGUUUUCUCUGUUUACUCACAAAAAGGCUUUGAGAGUAAUGUAGCUAAAACAUUAAAUAUAGAAAAGCAUACUGAAUCCGGUUGAGGUUCUGUUCUCUAUAACGAUGGAUGAUAAAGAUAUUAAAGAAAACAAUGCUGGAA